AAAGAAAUCUCCAUAAAAUAAAAUUUGGUAUCAAUUUAACCUUCAAAACACCUAAUAUCGCAGCAUAGUACAGGUUUCUAACUUAAAUAUUUACUUGUUAGGUGUAACCAAACUAAAAGAUCCUUAUACACAUUUUACUUAACCUAACUGUCACAAGCUGAUAAGGUUAAUGAAACUAAUUAGUGUGCUUGUAUAAGUUUAGAAAAAUAUAAUAAUUUAUCAUUAUAAAAAAUGUUGUGUACCAUAGUGAUUGUAAUUGCAAUUUUGUAUCUCAUAAUUUUGUGUAUAAGUGAUUGUGACGUGGAAUUAUUUUUGUUGGAAAAAUUUGGAAAAUCUCCUAGUCACCUGAAGGGCAAAGUAGUUUUUAUAACAGGAGCUUCUAGCGGAAUUGGAGAAUACACGGCAUAUGCCCUUGCUCGAUUCGGUGUUAAAUUAGUUUUAACCGCAAGAAGAAUCAACGAAUUGGAGAGAGUUAAACAAAAAUGUUUAGAAUUGUCGAAAGGUCAACUAAAAAACGACGAUGUUUAUGUUUUAUCUAUGGACGUAACCGACUUUUCGUCUCACGAAAAUUACUUUCUACAAGCAGUCAACCAUUUUGGAACCGUCGAUAUUUUGUUAAAUAAUGCUGGUAGAUCACAGAGAGCAGCAUGGGAAACCAUAGAACUUGCCGUAGAUAAACAAUUGUUUGACUUGAACGUUUUUGCCGUUAUAAAUUUAUCUCGAAUAGCCAUAAAAUAUUUUAAUAGAGUCGGUAAAGGUCACGUGGCGGUCGUUUCAAGUUUAGCGGGGGUAAUUGGAGCACCACUUUCAGGAACGUACACUGGUUCUAAACAUGCCAUUCAUGGUUACUUCGAUUCAUUAAGAUAUGAAAAAUUGAAUAAAAAUUUACAUAUUACACUCUUAUGUCCAGGACCAACAUUUACAAACUUUUUAAAAGAUUGUUUCACAAAUAAGGAGGGCAAGACGUUGAAUUCUUCUGUACGACCGACCGAUCGUCGUAUGACUGCAGAAAGAUGUGGUUACUUAAAUGCUGUAGCCUUGGCUAAUCAAACAAGGGAAUCCUGGAUGUCAGUUAGACCUUUAAUUUUACUAACAUACGUAAUGGUUUACUACCCAAAUUUUUCAUACUGGUUAUUUAAGAUCUUAGGUCCAGAACGAGUUUUCAAACUUCGAGAUGGUAGAGAAGAAUAUGAGACACAUAAAGACUGAAGGUGGAGGUUAUAGGAUUAGAGGAUAUUCGGUCACAUCUUUACACUUUGGGAUCAGUUACUUUUCACAUUUUUAGUUUUGUAUUAACAUUGUUUUUUAUCAUUGUAUCAGUAGAUUUUCCAAAUUAAUAACACUUCAUUAUUUCCACAGCUGGUAUCACUAAAAUAAUUGGCAUUUUAACUCGUCAAUGUUUUGUUCUAGUUACUCAUUUGUUCAUUUUUCAGUAACUCUAUUUCUUCCGAUAACUUUAUAUAUUCUUUCUCUAUUUGGCUGUUUGUUAUAAAAUUAUCUUUUUUUUUCAAACUAUUAUUACCCAAUUACACUCAUUUUAUUUUUUCUUCAUUUACUUAAAUCAUUAGCUUGAUAAUUUUUAAGAGCCCUCUUUGGUUAUUUAUCCUCUCUCUAUCUAGUUAAUUAACAAUAUUUUGUUAAAUGUCUUGAUGCUUCUUUUUAAUUUCACAUAUUUUGUUUCCUUUUCUCCUAUAUUUCUUCCAAUAUCUUGACAUCCCCUACUUCUUAAUCUAUUAAAUAUUUUUUCAAACUGCUUUUUCCUUAAUCCGUUUUAUUUUAUCUUCAUUUGUUUCUUCCUAUAGCUUCAUACACCUUCCUUCUUUUUCUUUUUGACUGUUUGUCCUAGAAUUGCUCCAAAAUAAUUAAAUUAUGAUAUUUUUUCAAAUAUCUUUUCAUCAUUUAUAUCUUCCAAUAGCUUCAUAUCUUUUUCUUCCUUUCUUUGGCUGUUUAUCCUAGAAUUGUCCCUAAAUCAUCAAAUUUUCUCAAUCCCCUCUUUGGUUAUGUAUUCUCGCUUUACCUAGUGAAAAAACAAGACUUACAUAUUUCCUUUCCUUUUUUCUCUCCUUAUCCCUUCCAGAAACUUGAUAUCGUACUCUUUAUCUUAUUUUGGCAGUUUUCCCUAAUUUCUUCAACCACAAAUCAUGAACACUCACAAUUUCACUGGUUGUUUCUUCAAGCCGGACAUGAAUAAGAAUCUUAUUGAAGACUAGAAGAACUAAACAGCAUAAAUUGUGAGUGUUGAGGUGUUUUGUUUGAUUGAAACCAGUCAUACCAAGCUUUCACCUAACAAUUAACAUAUAAAUUUCCCUUCAAUACUUUUAAUUACCACCUAAGGUGGAAUUAAAUUUUUGUUGAUAUUAAAACUAUAGAUUUAAUUUUGAUACUAAUAAGGCAUAAUAUAAAAAAAACUUAUUACCGCUGAUAAUAUUAAAACUAUAUGUAAAUAUAGAUACAACUUAAUAAAUAUUUUGUUCUAA